UCCCCAAUUGCCAUUGACCAAAUGUCCGAGAGUCAAUUUUAAUGUUACAGAUAUGAUCGCGACGAAUACAUUGAAGUACUUUUUGAUAAUCUCCGGCCUGACGUCGUUUCAGAAUAUCAAAAACAAAGCAGAGCAACUUUGGAGACUUAUGGGGAACCCUAUGAUUAUGGCUCAAUUAUGCAUUAUCAGGUGCGCGCAGGAACGAAAAAUGGAUUACCUGGCUUUCGAGUACUUCGGCGUUAUAAUGAGAACGCUAUUGGUAAUGCGAGAACUCCAAGCCGUAUAGACCUGCGUAAACUUAACAAACUCUACGGAUGCUCUCAAACCGACACGGAUGAUUCAAGCUCUGGUGAGUUUAACCCUUACACUCCACGCCCACCAACACAGCCACCGCCGCAUCCGAUUGACUAUGAUAGAAGUGAAGAAGCUACAGAUUGUGACAAGGGUUGUUGCUGUAGGUGUAAAUGCAAAGGUUAUAUCUGCCAAUGCAAUUGCCCUUGUAAAUGCCUUAACUAUGGUCGAAAUAACAAUCAUUGCAACUGCACAUGCAACCGGGCAACUUUUGUGCCAUCUCUUUAUAAUCAUCGAGUUGUUGCACAAGUUGCUAAGAGGAAAUGAAUCGAGAUUUAAAUAAAAUUGAUA